UGUCAAAAUCAGAAGGUGGGGGCGGGGCGCCACGCAUUUAGCUUGUUUUGCCCACGCGCGGCUUCACCAAUCCCGGCUAAGAGAGGGACGGUUUGAGUUUAAAAUUUGCCGACACACUGCAGAUGACCAUUUGUUUUGUGUUUAUAAAAAUCUAGCCAGCUUUCGCUUGUCAAAAUAGACAGCUAUCUGAGAAUACAAAAACUUAUCCAGAAUAUUGUGUUAUAUACUUCUGUUCGAUUAAACAUGUCGAAGAAACAAAUUUACUACUCUGACAAGUACACAGAUGAAGCAUUUGAGUACAGGCAUGUUAUGCUCCCGAAACAGUUAUCAAAGCUGGUGCCCACUUCUCACUUGAUGACAGAAGAUGAAUGGAGGGGUCUGGGGGUGCAGCAGAGCCAGGGCUGGAUCCACUACAUGAUCCACAAGCCAGAGCCGCAUAUAUUGCUUUUCCGAAGACCUCUUCCAAAGGAUUGAGUGGAAAUCAUCUUCAACAUCCCUGAAAGCCACCUUAGUUGAAUUGUAUGGUCUUUGUUGACUUAACAAGAUGUACAUCUCUCCAUGUGUUUUGGUGUAUAGAAUAGACCCUUAAAGUUUAUUUUUUAUUUUUUUAAAUCCCUCCCCAAAAUGUUGGAGGUAUGAUAGAAGCAGACUUGAGUGCUGGAAGGCUCGGCCCCCACUACCAGAUGAUAAGCAGUUCUGCUUUUAUUGGUACAUGGCAACAAUAUGGAUAUGGAAUUUCUCAUUCAUUAGACUUUACAGAGCUUGAAUAACACUUGCUAAACUUUUAUUGAUGUUUACUUACUUAUCAAUAUGUUGGGUUAAUGAACAGUGGUCAAAUAGACUUUUCUUUCUUGAACGUGGAAUAUUUUAUUAAAAAUAAAUAAUUUUGCAUGUUCUGAAAAUGUUUUUUAUUUUGUCUGCUUAUGUAUAUAUAUUUGUAUCAGACAGUAUACAUUUGGACUGAAUAGUCACAUAUUUGUUAAUUCUAAACAACACUUGUUGCUGGACAGAACGUAAAUAAAAUAUAUUUCUUUACUUU